AUUUUUUAUUAAAUGAAUAUCACGGAGUUUGAGCGGUGAGCCUGGGGCCAAUCAGAAUAUCUGUGCAUGUUAUAAUGUGACAAGCCGUACUCUUCGGUAUUGUUACCUGUCGACUGUGACACCUUUCCUGUGCGUUUUAUGAGAAAAGUCGGAAUCGAAUGGAGCGGAUGUCGCCAUGACGUCUCUGUCUCGUUAUUAACUCGAGAAAAAAUCCCACAGAGCAAUAAGUUUUGUGGCACAGUUUAGCACAGUCUUUCGCAAUGUGCGCUUUCCUUGUGUUUCUGGUCGCUGAGCUGUUGGCGAUGGACGUCAGAGCUAGGGUCUUCCUUGGACCUCGUAGGGAUUAUGGUAGAUGUCCGAGUACCUUCAAGGCUCCAGCCAGAGGCUGUCGAUAUGAGUGCUUUUCUGAUGGGCAAUGUCAGCCAGACCACGUCUGCUGCGUCUCCGGGUGUUAUAGGAAAUGCGUGGCGCUAACCCACUGUCAGAAGGCCAAGCUGGAGUAUUCUGCAAUCGGGGAUGAUGAAGAAGGUUAUGUACCAAACUGCAGCAAUGACGGAACGUACAGCGAGACCCAAUGCGCUCGAAGACGCGGCGUCACGAAAUGCUGGAGGGUGGACAAGAACACCGGCAAGAAAGUUGGUGGUGACGUCACAGUAGAUUUCAGCCGGCCCAGCCCUAGCCAUAAUGUCUUUCCGCCAGAAGAGGAGGAGGAGGAAGAAAGCGACUCGGGGGUUUCACGCAUCAGCAGAUGCGAAAAGAGACGUCAACGUCGUCUGUUGUUGCGCAGGCGCAUACUACACGUGUUUGUACCGCGGUGCAAGAGGAAUGGCGCGUUCAAACGCGUGCAGUGCAAGUCCUCUUCAGGAGGAGUGCAUAAGUGCUGGUGCGUGGACAGCGAGGGACGGGAGAUCAGCGGAACGAAGGUCAAGGGCAAGCGACCCAACUGCAGACAUGCGGGUCAAUGUGGACGCAAAACCUAUACCCGAAAGAGGCGCAUCGUAGGGGGGAUCGAGAGUGCGAAGGGGGCGUGGCCCUGGCAGGCAGCAUUAUUCCUGAACGGCACACAUCAUCGCUGCGGGGGGUCCGUUAUCAAGUCUCAGUGGGUGGUUACGGCGGCACACUGCUUCAGUAAACACUCUUCUCGGAACCCAAGGCACUGGCAGGUACGGCUGGGAGAGCACUCCUUUCAUAAGAAUGAUCGCACGGAGAAAAUACUCAAAGUAGCGCAGAUCAAGAUCCAUCCCCGGUACAUCCCGGGGAAUAACUCACAUCCAGGGGACUACGACAUUGCUUUGGUCCGACUCUCCCGAUCGGUGAAACUAGGGCGUCAUGUCAGCCCGAUUUGCACGCCGGAUAAUUUCAAAUUCUUCAAGCCUGGAAAACGUUGCGUCAUCGCGGGUUGGGGCAAAACGGCCUGGAAUGGAAGCGCGUCGCCUGUACUCCGAGAGGCCUGGGUCGACCUUGUAUCCCUUCAUACAUGCAACUCUAAUCUGUCCUACGCCGGCAAGAUCGGAAAGAGGUUUAUCUGCGCAGGCUAUCGAGAGGGUGGCAUCGACGCAUGCGCAUACGAUAGUGGGGGACCUCUGAUGUGUCCUGGCGAUGAUAACCGCUGGUUGCUCGCGGGCAUCGUUAGUUGGGGUGAGAAAUGUGCUAUGCCUUACAAGUACGGCGUGUACACCAAUGUGAACGAGUUCAUGCCUUGGAUACGCGGCAGCCUCAAACUGGACAGGUGAAAGGGAGCAAA